UUGAUAUUGCAUAAUUAUAUUUAAAUAUUUCCAUACAUAUGAUGCAUGUAAUCUCUUUUAAAGCAGGAACAUCGGUGUUAUUUCUCAAUGAACGCUUGCCUUCCUCCAUAGCAGGUCAAUUAGGCCCACAAUCAUAAACCGAUGCUGUUGUAUCAUGUUUGGAAGGACUAGCGGCGCUAAUGUAGUUUUGCACUUCUUGGACAUUGAUCCUUACCCAAACCCUAUCCUUAUGUAUGGAACCACACGCUGAGAGGUGCGAAACUGCAAUAGCCCCGAAUGUUGUUUGGACGGUUCGGUCGCGAGUUACUUUGUUUUGAAUAUUUAGAUAUUUCUUUAGAUUUGACCGGAAAAAAUUUCACUACAGCUACAAAUUCCAUUGAAAUGUAUAGGAGAAGCUAAAUUUUGAAAAUGGGGUUAUUCGCUGCCUGGCAGCCAAAACAACGUGAAAUUUUUGGCACAUACUAAUUUGAACAUAAAGAUUCCAAUUCUGUGAUCCAUUUUUAGCAGAUACAAAGAUAAAAAAUUGCCCGGAACAGAGAAUUUGAUUCAAUAUGAUAUAACUACAAAAGUUGGACUAUAGUGUUUUAAUUAGUUUGAAGAGAAAUUUUUCAAGCGAAAUGAAGUUUACCUGUUUGUGACAGUAUACGCAAAGGCUCAUUCCCUUGGAAGAAGCUUCUUUUUGAUUGCUUCUAAAACUGCAAACCAUGAUGGCUGAUGCAUAUACACAAGCUGAGACUCUACAAAAGCUAGAGAGGCUAACACAGCUGGAAACCAUGGUCGCAGAACAAAGAAUUAGAAUAGAAAAGUACAGGACGAUGUAUGAAACUAUUAAAACAGAACAUGUCCAGCUUGAAGAAGAGAAGACAAAGCAAGAUAAUGCGAUGAAAGCCUCAAAGGAAGAGCUGCAUCUGAUGCAGCAGAGAUUUCAGGAAUUAAUUAACCAGGCCAGGCUUGAAAGUGACCAGAAGAUCCAAGAAUGUGAGGAACUGAAAAUCCAUGUUAUGACACCGCAAAAGAUGGAGGUUCUUAGAGUGAAAUUGCAAGAAGAAGUGGAGGCAGCUUACAAACAGAAACUUGAGACUGCUGAUCUCGAACUUGACAAAUACAGAAGCGACUUCAACAAACUUAGAUACGAAUAUUCAUUCUUGAAAUCUGAAUACGAGCACGAACAGACAAGAGCGAGAACCAUGCUGGAGGAGCUGACCACACAGCAUAGAAUCGAGGUUGAUAUUUUGAAUAAAGACAAAGAAGAUCUUACCGAGCAACUUCGUCGUCACGAGGAGCACAGCGACGCGCAACGGCUACGAACCUUGCAGAAAGAAAAUGCACAGCUGAAUAUGAAAGUGAAAAGUCUGUUAGACGAAUUGGAUGACAUUAGAGAAAAACGCGAAGCCUCUGGCCUCCAGUCUGACCACGUAACACGGCUCCAGGCGAGACAGCUUACUGAAUUGUCAGCUCAUUGCAAGUCACUCGAGGCUGAAAAAGAUGCACUGAAAAUGCAGCUGGAAAGAGUUCAAGCCGAGCUCGAUCGUGCAGUUAAGCAACAGGAAAUUUCAAGCCACUCUGCCAUGAAAUUUGAAAGGGAAAAUUUGCAAAUUCGAAGUGAAAUGGAAGAACUUAUCCACAACCAUAAAGUUGAGAUUAAUAAUGUCAGGCUGUGCUUAACCAAGGAUAAAGGCGACUUGGAAAGAGAACGCGAUUCUUUUGAAAGUCAGCUGCAAACAAGCAAUAACAAAAUUUCUGUCUUGACGCAAAACAUCGAAGCUCUAAAGGAGGCGUUGUCUAAAAAGGAAGAAGAACUUGUCCGCAGAGUGCAAGAAGUUAAAGAAACAGAGUGGGAAAAAAUCUCGAAAUUAGAAAGCCACAAAUUGCAGGCGGAAUCUCAGCUAGCAGAAAUUGAAAGGGAAAGGAACGACCUUGAAUCUAUGCAAAGACAACAAAUAGAGAAACUAAGAGAAAGACUUGGGGAGGUUUCUGAUAUAAAGGAUCAACUGGAGAAGGAACUGAACUCUGUGAAAAUGAAAUUAUCUCAACAGGUUCAGAUAGCUGACCAACUGGAAGAGGCAAAAAGACAAAACCAAGAACAUAAAGCCAAACACCAAAAACUUCAAAAUGACUACGAAAGCUUGGUAACCAUAGGCGAGGAAGUGAAGGCAGAAAACGAGAAGCUGAAAGAUAGAUUUAGUUUGUUGAAGAAGGAAUUGAAAUUGUCAAAUGAGGAUAUGGAGAAGCAACAAGAGAAUUUUGAAAGGAGCAUAAAGGAUACAAAAAAGAAAAUGGAAACCGAGAAGAAAGGAAACGAGAAAGAAUUAAACGAAUUGAAAAAGCAACUGCAGGAUGCGAAAAAGAAGAUAGAGAAGAUUGUGUCAUUUGCGAAAAAGAAAAACAAAAAACAGAAAAAAGUGAUUGAAGAUUUGAUGUCAAAGAUUGAAUCCCAGAGGGUAGAAAAGGAAAAAACAGACGCAGAAAAGAAAACGCUAGUGAGAAGCCUCAAUCUUGAACACGAAAGAACGAAACGUGCAUUUGAACGAUUGCGCAAAAGACAGACUCAGUUCACACAUCUACUACACGCAAGUUCAGCCAGUAUCCAAGAGCCCACCCCAGGCCCUUUUCAGCAAAACCAGUUGCUGACAAUGUCAUUUGAACCACCAAGAGAAACAACUUCCAGCAAGAUGCAUCGAGAUAUUGACAAUCUUUCACCAAUUCCGAACAUUGAUGAGCUAAUUAAUGACACUUCGCCUUAGAUUUGAUAUUCAAAUGUAAAAGAAGCUUUUAGCAUGUUUCAAUUGCUGUAAAUACCUAAAAUAUUCCUAACAAUAUAAUGACUGUAUCUAGAAACCAUGUAAACUGUUUUGUAAUGUUAUUUUAAUAUAUAAAUAUGAAUAAAGAUCAAAGCUCAGACAGGCUUUGUUUGUUUUUCCUUCUUGAAUUUAGGAAGUAUCUUCCAUUUGAUAUUAGAGAAUCGAACAAGUUGCGGUUGGGCCUCGUU